GGAGCGCGGCGGAGGGGAGACCUGUCACCUGACAGGAUUCCUCGGAGCGUUGGGGCUCGGGGGGUGGAAUGAGCCUCAGUGUCAUGUGCCAGCGCCGCCCCACGCGUGUCUCAGAUUGGUCCUCCCACCGGAGCAGCUGGUGUCCCCGCGUUCACUCGAGGAAAUGGAAGGGCAGAGCUGGUGGAGCGAGCACCCCGUCAGGGGACGCAUCCAAGCCCCGCGCGGGGCCAGCGCCUCCGUGGCUCUGUAGUGGACAGCGAGAAGGCGAGGAAGCUAUGCCCCAGACGUCCAUCAUCUGCUCCAGUGUACUUGGGCCCAGCUGUAGUGGACAGGUGCCGCCUGGCAUGGGGGAGCGAGGAGGUGGGGCCAGCGGCUCCGGGGACCUCAUCUUCCAGGAUGGCCGCCUCAUCUCCGGGUCCCUGGAGGCCUUGAUGGAGCACCUGGUCCCCACAGUGGACUAUUACCCUGAUAGAACAUACAUCUUCACGUUUCUCUUGAGCUCCCGGGUCUUCAUGCCCCCGCAUGACCUGCUGGCCCGUGUGGGGCAGAUCUACCUGGAGCAGAGGCAGCAGCUGGAGGCCGGGUCUGAGAAGGCCAUGCUGAAGUCCUUCUCAGCCAAGAUUGUGCAGCUGCUGAAGGAGUGGACAGAGGCCUUCCCCUGCGACUUCCAGGACGAGAAGGCCAUGGCUGAACUGAAGGCCAUCACCCACCGGAUCAUGCAGUGUGAUGAGGAGAAUGGCACGGUGAAGAAGGCCAUUGCCCAGCUGACGCAGAGCCUGCUGCUGUCCCUGGCCGCCCGGAGCCAGCUGCAGGAGCUGCGGGAGAAGCUCCGCUCGCCGGCUGUGGAUAAAGGGCCCAUCCUCAAGGCCAAGCCCCCGGCCUCUCAGAAGGACAUCCUGGGCGUGUGCUGCGACCCCCUGGUGCUGGCCCAGCAGCUGACUCACAUUGAGCUGGAGAGGGUCAGCAGCAUCCAGCCCCAGGACCUGAUGCAGAUCGUCAGCCACACGGACUCUCGGGACAAGCACAGGUGCCGAGGGGACCUGACCAAGACCUACAGCCUGGAGGCCUACGACAACUGGUUCAACUGCCUCAGCAUGCUGGUGGCCACCGAGGUGUGCCGGGUGGUGAAGAAGAAGCAGCGGACCCGCAUGCUGGAGUUCUUCAUCGACGUGGCCCGGGAGUGUUUCAACAUCGGGAACUUCAACUCCAUGAUGGCCAUCAUCUCUGGCAUGAACCUCAGUCCUGUGGCUCGGCUGAAGAAAACAUGGUCCAAAGUUAAGACGGCCAAGUUCGAUGUCUUGGAGCACCACAUGGAUCCUUCCAGCAACUUCUGCAACUACCGCACGGCCCUCCAGGGGGCCACACAGAGGUCCCAGAUGGCCAACAGCAGCCGAGAGAAGAUUGUGAUUCCUGUGUUCAACCUUUUCGUCAAGGACAUCUACUUCCUGCACAAAAUCCACACCAACCACCUGCCCAACGGGCACAUCAACUUCAAGAAAUUUUGGGAGAUCUCCAGACAGAUCCACGAGUUCAUGACCUGGACGCGGGUGGAGUGUCCCUUUGAAAAGGACAAGAAGAUUCAGAACUACCUGCUUACGGCGCCCAUCUAUAGCGAGGAAGGUGAGGCCGCCCCGGCUGGCAGCAGCCCCCACAGCACCUGGCCCCGACUCCCCCUUGUUGGUCUCCAUGGGGGGCUGAUCACUAUCCCCACACCACACAGGGGAAGCCCGGCCACAGGUGAGUUUGUGAGCGGGGGUGGUGGGCAGAGGACAGAAGAAGGGUAAGGACAAAGGAGACCAGUCUCUGAGGCCACUUGAGAGCCAGGCGGGUUCGGGCCAGUGCUCAGAACCUGGCACCAAGCAGGGCCCCGAGCAGGUAGCUGGGAACACGGGGCCUCACGGGGCCUGGGACCUCCCACAGCAGAGAUCUGUGGACGCGCCCCCCCCC